UGAAAAAGAUAUUGGAUAUUGGAAGUGAUACGGCGGGAUUGUUGUUCAAAUUUUCUCGCAUCUACGAGUGUGUUGGCACUUCAUCCGCCUAUGUCGAACUACCGAUUGCUCAAACGUUUGGUCCACGUCGGGAGGGGGAAGCUUAAGAAGUUUGAACAGCAAAGCCCAGAAUGGGAAUUCAGUUUUGCUAUUGGUACCAUUGUCUUUCCACUUGUGUUUGGUGUGUCAUUCGCUCCGUGUCGCAAUAUUGACCCUCCAAGCCUCGAGCACUGUGAAUCUAAUAAAUAUUUGUACAUAGUUUUUUCAAAUAAAGAAGAUUUUGACUUUCACUUUCCUAGUCUUUUGCUGACGGUUCCGGUGACUUGUAUGAGCGAUUUGAAUAUCAUGAAGUAA